ACACGCAAACUUAAAGACACAGCGGCCAAGAUAGGUUCUAUCACCGUUGAUACGCCGUUUUUGUAUCCGUUGCGAAGUAUAUUCAUUGCAUGAAUCGUGUUUUUGGACGUCGAGCCUUUACUGCCGGCAGAAUGGCGCUGCAUCAAGCUACAAAGACGGAAAAGCUCAUUUUUGCACCUGGUGAAGGAAAAAGCCAUGGCGCACAGGCAGCGCAGUUUAAUGGAGAUGCGUUGAUGCGGACUGAUCUCGAUCCAAAGUCACCGGUGACGCAGUUCAACAGCUGGUUCUCUGAGGCACAAAAGGCAGGCAUCAAACAAGUCGAAGCAUGCACUCUAUCUACGGCACAGCUCCCCACAGGGCGAGUAUCUUCGCGGGUUGUAUAUCUAAAGGAGUUGGAUGACAAGGGUUUCGUCAUCUACUCCAACUUUGGCACGUCACGCAAGGCGGAGGAUCUCGCGACAAACCCGCACGCAUCAUUAGUGUUUUACUGGAAAGAGAUUAACCGUCAGGUCCGUGUUGAGGGUGUAGCGGCGCGAAACACAGCCGAAGAGAGCCAGCUAUAUUUUGACACGCGUGCGAGAGGCAGCCGCAUUGGCGCCUGGUCCAGCAAGCAGAGUGCUGUGCUACAACCCAACAAGGACGAUGCAGCCGAUGACGGGCGAGAGCAGCUAGAAGGUUGGGUCAAGGAGACAGAAGAGCGAUUCAAAGAUGUCGAAAAGAUCCCGGUACCGGACUUUUGGGGUGGUCUCUGUAUUGUGCCUCAAAGGAUAGAGUUUUGGCAGGGCCGCCAUAGUAGGCUGCACGACCGCUUUGUGUACGAGCGACAGGAAGAGAGUGAUGGUGGACAGGGUAACUGGAAGUUGGAGCGCCUGAGCCCAUGAACAAAGCAUUGGAUAUGUAAAGAAUUAACGAAGAAAUCAUGUUGUAUUCAGCCUCAGAAGAAACAACACACCGUUUGCACAGGCUGCUGUGUUACACGCAAUAACAAUGCUAUAGAAUAAUGAAAAGCAGUAGCAGAAUUUAUAACCAGGACAACAAAAAAACUAUGCCUAAAUCAUGAUGCGUCGCCAGAGGGGGGGUAUCGAUGUGCAGAAAUGACAGAAUUCCAGGCCGCGGUGGUGUGAUGAGGCAGCCAGCCGCCUAAAAUAGAUCCAUGCGUCCAUAUAACGUUGCAAAAGCAAACUAAGCAAAGAAAAGUAGAACAAUUGAUGAUAAACGCCAGAGUAAAUGCAGAAUCGUAAUGCGCCAAAAGUAGACAUAUAAUGUGGUGAGAGAGAGAGAGAGAGAGAGAAGGAUGGGUUUAUGUUCCGUCUACAUGGCCCAGCCAGCACCCAGGCCAAGACCCAGAUCGUCAUAUCUGCUGGUUAUCGGGGCCAUAGUCUUUGAGCGGGAGUGGCCCAAGACAUAGCCGUCAUUGCUUUGUUCUUCGCCAUCGCUGUCUGGAGGAGUUGGCUCGUGGAGGUGGUAUGGCGUGGCAUGGGCGCCGGCCAGCUGCAUGUCAGCCAUGGCGUCGGCAAUCAACUCCUCGUCGCACAGCGGCAUGAUGCGAUAGUUAAGAUUCUCUAUGACACAUCGCUCGGUGGUGUUAAGCUGGCUGCUGGACCAGAGCCCUUGGCCCCAGUCGUCGCAGUAGAACUGGGAAGCCUGUUCGGGGUCUUCGGUGAACUUGACGGCGAUAACGAGGGCGGCGAGAACAAUGAUUUCGGGAUUGACCGAGUCAAUGUGCAGUUGCGGCUGCUUGUUGCGCUUCUCAAGCUUUCUUGCAGCCGCCUUAGACGACUGCGGGAGACUGUGGCGCUUGGAUGACGAGGAUGACGAAGUAGCAAAGGAGGAGUCGCUAGGAACAGCCGGUGAGGCGGGCACAAGGGGGCACGAGAGACGCCAUUUCCGGGCAAAGCGAGAGUUGAGGCUAUCGAGGAUGCAAACCGCAAGGGCAAUUGUCUCUAGCGGGAGAUUUGCACGUGCCAGGAUGGCCUGGACGAGGGAAACGGAAGCAUCGGCGAGGGAUGCAGCUGAAGGGAUGAGGUUGACGAGGUGGAUGGCGGAACCUGAGAAGAGCAGCAGCCCUUUGUUAGCAUGAGAAAAUAAAUGAAUAAAUAAAUAAAAUAAAACGGCUAAAUUCCGAGCCGGGGAGUACAAAGCAGUAUUUUUUGUGGAAAUGGCAUAUCCAAAUACACGGAAAAGCAAGAUGGAGAAAAAAUAAAUACGAACCUCGAUAGUGGUCUGAUAAGAGCUCUGGACCAACAUCCCAGGCGGUGUUGCACAGGGGCGAUGCCACUCCACUGGAGCCCCUGUAGCUCGGGGGCGGGGUGGGGAGAUUCGAUAGUGGCUUGUAGGUGAAAAAGGCGGUGUCUAGGGCCGCUUGGCUUGCUGGAGCCGCAGCUGCGUCGUGCUGGUGCUGUUGCUGCCUCUUCAUGGUGGUGGUGGUGAGAAUGUUGGCAGACGAAAAGUGACAAGAGGACAAAGAUGAGUGCGGUUGCUUUUCGUUUUAUUUUACUUUUCUUCCUGAGGAUGGCCUCUCGUGUUUUUUUUCCUAUUGUCUCAUGGGCGCCGUGUCUCUGGUACUGCUUGCUGUGACGGUGUCGUGUUCAUAACGCGUAGCUGCAACAAGACUGCUCCUGAUUUGAAACGCUAGGUCAAACCACGCGAGUAUGUAUGUGUCUUGCGAAUAAUCGGAUGACGAGCGAAGAAGAAGACGAUUUAUUAACUGCGAAAUCGAACAAACAUACGGGACAUACAAGAAGGGAAGAUGGCGUGUGCGGCUGCACCUCGAUUCAUAUUAUAUAUCCAUGCACCUCGUACUGCAGCACAGCACUGGGGCCCGCAAGGCGAAAUCUCUCGCUCCCUUGGACGCUCUCGCAGCAGAUCGAUGCAGCCUGCAAUCCCAUUACACCCAUGGGUGGGACGUUCUGGGCCGUCCAGCUUACGGAACGCCUGCACCCGCAUUGGGCCCCAAGACGAGCCAACACCACGCUGCGCCGUCCCUUCUUUAGCACACCCUUAGCUCAAAAAGGGGACCUAGCACAGCAGCAAAGAAACCUAACAUGGCAGCAACGCCGACACCCAAAGCGACCCCUGGCCUGCCAGCCCGAGACAAGGUCAGGUUGGCCUAGUCUUGUUUGCUGUGUCCCUGCCCCUGCUCUGCGGCGUUAUCUGCCUCCAACACCACGCAAAGGAGAGACUGGGCAGGCAGGUUGCGCUGGUUUUGCUUGUCCAUCUGUCUACUGCGCCGCUGGUUCAUCUACAUUUACGCUCGGUGAGCUGUUCUUUGCCGAUGGCGCUGCUGCUGCUGCUCGCUGUCCACCACCACAUGUUGACACGACAGCAAUAAAGGGUCUAGACAAUGAAUCGCCGCGGCCCACGCAUGUGAGAUGACAAUCGCCUCAGAUGGAGCUUAUCGCACUGCAUCGCACUAAGAACCAUCAGCGCUGAAAAAAAAAAUCAAACAUCGCGGCGCCCCGCUGCAAGUGAGGCCAGAAACAGAGGGUCCUCCGACGAUACACGGCGGCCUGUAAACCGGCCCACGCUUCUGGAUGAACUUGCUGCUGAGAUGCAGCGUCCUUUUCGGAGUGGCCUGCCGCUAGCUGGACCCAGCGUCGAUUCUCGACCCUUUGCGAUUGCAUGCGAUCCUCGUCCCGGCUGAAUCGAAAUACCACCCAAAUCUGCUCAACGCUGACUAGCCUGCAUGCCGGGAACGCUCCAGAAGCGAGGUUGCAGCAUCUCAAAUAGCCGGAAUUGUCAAUUGUGCGCUGACUGCUUAGAAUGGCAUUGUAUAAACUAGAGCUGAUAGUCGGUUGGUUGGUGUUAGUUGGCUGCUGUCAAGGUUAAUUGCUCACGCACACGCUCUCGGGCCACGACCACGCUAAAACAUGAGCCCUUUUUUUGACACCAUUGUCCAAUAGCGCUGAUGUUGCUUGCUGUUUAGUCGCCGUCUAGCACAGCAAGCCAAACAUGGUAGUCUCAUAGCUACGCUGCCAUGACCAGCUACUCCAAACAACCCUUUCUUGGCCUGCGGAGCAACCUGUGUCAGUGGCGCUGUUCUUCUUGACCCCCCUGGCGACCAUGUUCGCCGUUGUACCGCGCAGUUCAUCCGUCGUAUCCUGAGCAUAAGAUGAGGUGCGCAGAGGUGGCGGCUGUGCAUGGACACGCCUUGGCUACACCUGUUUCAACAAGAUUGCUCGCGAAAUGAUGCUCUCUCGGUUUGCGUUAGCCGUGGCGUUCAAGGAGCCCUAUCCCUAGUACACCAAAACUCAGCCGCCGCCACGGAGCCUACGGUGAAAGGCUGCUAGCUAGCGCUCGCUCGUGUGCCGAGAUGCUAUUCUUGUCCUGGACCGACUGCAGCCACACGCCCAAAGCGUUUUAUCCUCGCCGUUCUUCCACCUCAGGCCCUGCCAUUUGAGUUUACGCUAACCGUUGCGAGAGGAAACGAGGAACGCCCCUAGUCUUCAGCCAAGGCACCUUUUCGCACAUCGCACUCUCGCUUUGACCCAUUUGGGCAGUGCAGUGGCCAUGUAAGCGGCGACACUGUAUUUUCAAUUACAUUUGGCUUUGGUAAACGGCGCCCGUUCCCGUUACAACUCUGUCCGCUACCACUUUAGCCAAGAAAGCUUGCACAGCGUCACAUUCGCUUGCUAAAGUCCCCGCGGACAAUUUUGUUUAAUGCUCCGUUGUAUAUGUGGCCGCAGCCUGCUGACCCGUGCUAUGCCCGAGCUGCUUGCGAGAAGGCUCCCAGCAAAGGCUGCGCUGUGACCGCUACAAUCUCAAGACUUACUUCCCAAUCCAGCAGAGUGAUCGACACUGUUUGCUAGUCUAGUCCACAGCCUCGCGCAACGGUUGUCACCGCGCUUGGUAGAAGUGAUAAUCAUUUUGGGGGAAUUUCAACAUGUGAAUUCAAACUAUAUCUGCGCCUGCGCUUACUCCGACAAAGAGCAAAUGUCUCCCGAGCGACAUUCCCCAGACCGCUAUCAGCACCAUAACCUGGAGCCGCAGUCUAAAAGAUGGGAUGAUGCUGUGUUGCGCCGCUAAAAUAACGCUGUAAAGGAUAUAAACCGAAAUAAAAACACCUCUUAUUUUGCUAUUUACUGAAUGAUGAUGGUAGUGGCAACUGGGUAUCCAAAGUUAGCGGCUGAUUCAAGGGAAUGCUAUAAAGAAGUAUGCUUACCUCCGUUGGCAAUGGUCUGAACCUGGGGGACGACAGCAACGUCAAUAAACUGGCCAAGGUUGACACCACCAAUGGGCUGGAUCAGGGCCAGGUUGACAUUGCCCAAGACCAGAGAAGACAGAUCAAAUCUGUUGAGGACACCGGUCUGGGCAAUGGCGAGCAGCGUGUGCAGCUGCUGGAACUGGAGCAGAGCGUUGAUGUCAAAGGUCUGCACGUUGAAGAGGUUCUGAAACUGGAGGAGGUUGAGAUUGUUCUGAAGACCAAGCUGCUGGAAGAGGGCAAGGUCAACCUUGUUGACACCCAACAAGUAGCGGAGGUCCUGCUGCUUGAGGUUCAGGUUGUUGAGCUGGCCAACAGGGAUGGCAGUGCGCUUCUCGACAGCAGUAGAAACUUCAGGCUCAGAGGUGGUAGGGGCGGCAACGGCAACAGCGGCAAAGACGCCGGCAAAGAGAGUGGUGAACUUCAUGAUGAUGGUGGUGGUUGGGUAUAAACUGUUUCAAAGAAAGAAAAGGGUAUAGGCGUCAAGGACAGUAAUCUGGUGAGCACAGCUCGUUGUUAAAGAAAGAAGAUGAAAAACGAAAAAAAGAGGGAAGAGCACAGCUAUAGACUUGGUGGUUAGUACUUCUGAUUAUUCGGAGUAUGCGGUGAGAAGGGCUUCGGCCUACCUCUAAGAAGAGAGAGUAGAUGAGAAGAGUGGUGGUGAUGUUUGUGGAUGGAGACGAACCAAAAGAAAAGGGAUCAACACCAUCGAGUCCGGACAGUGUCUUCUUAUAGACCGAGGCUAGUCAUCGACUCUCGCACUGCCUCCAUUAUGCUCCCCCAGCCCCUCUGCAUGCCUAGCAAACAUUCAGAUUCCGGUGAGAAACAAGAGAUGAUACAGCCUGGAAACAGGAUCCAGGAGUAUCCCGCUCUGGCAUGUUGUUUUGAGUUUGCCAGAGUAAAACGAGGAGUCCAUGAUGUGAAGCACAACCUCCCUUGGCGAGAUGGUGCUGCUUCGUCGUCUAAGUGGUCCGUGUAGGGCCGGAUCAUGCCUCAACCGACGAUGGGGUUGUCCUGCAGCAACGCAUAAUGCCCACCAGGUGCUUGGUUUUUUUCCUGUAGCCCAGGUGCAUGAUGCUGUAUAUUCGGGUAUGAGGCUUGCCGUCUUUGCCUACCCAAGAUUUACACUCGUUGUUGUUGCCGAUAAAGCCAUGAGCUUAAUUAUUAUAUUAGCCCCUUUCAUUCUGGCAAAGAGCGAUUCCGUCAUGAAUAGCACGCACACCUUACGCUGAGGAUCCGAUGUCUCCCGCCAUCGUCUCUACACAAAGCUAUGGCAUGGUCAUUGCACCUUGCAGACUACGACGUCCCUUCAAGCGGUGCUGUUGCGUCGGCGUUUCAGACACAGGACGCGUUUGAGGCCAUCAGCCUAGCCCUUCUAGAACGCCGCUCUGAUUGGUAGACCCUAACAGAAAUGGCCAGACCUGUUUAGUCUUCUAAGUUAUUACGCCGGACUGUCUAUAUUGGCCUCGAGCGUUUAGAGUCUAGUCAUGCAAAUGCGUGCGCGAUGCCAUCAACGCCAUAUACAUAUGUAUAUACGCCGGCCGCCGGCACUUGCAAGACAACACUUGACAAACCAUGCUGCCGACAGCCGCUGCCCUGAAUGGAUCAUCUGUCGAUCUCAGGGAUUUUCCUGAUUCACAAGCAGGCACGGCCAAUUCAGUCUGAGAGCUGCGCCUUGUCAUCUUGUCUCAACAUUCGCGCACGCUUUGAUAUUGGACCAUGUAGGAGCAGGUGAGCGCGGGCACUAACCAACCAGUGUCGAGAGAGAUUCACCCGCAUCGGGGCUGAGCAAAAUGUUUAAAGGGAAAUUAAACUGCUUCAGGGGGCUCUCUUUUCAGAGCAGAGUUCGUCUUGUUCGUUGCUAUGAUCGGCGGUUUGCGUGGCCCGUAAGCAGAGAAUGCAUGCGCUUGGGCGCGUUUCAUGUUCGUGAACCCCGUGUUAGAGGUUUGGCAGCUGCCGAUGAUUAACACUAGGUUUCUUUUUUUGCUUUUCGGAUCGGAAAAGUAUGUUCCUAGCUGGCGAAUCCUAAAUUUGCUGUAUUAAUAUUGGUCGGCGCCCGCACAUUGGGCAAAUCGCAUAUCCAGGUCACAUGGGGUUGAAUAGUAGUCGUCCAGUAAGAGGGUAUCAGUGUAUAUAUAUUUGAAAACAAUGUGGUGUACAGACGCUUCUAAUGACAAAGUAAAUGAUUAUGCUUUUGUGUUUCCCUUUAUGUUUAUUUCCUUUAUUCCAUCAUCUGUCGGCUCGCCUUGAUAGUUGAUCAUCUGCUUUGUGAAAUCCUAGCCAUUCGCCGAGGAUGCCGCCAGGCUUGGGCACCGGGCACACACGGCUUGUUGAUUCGGGUGAUGCAUCGUCUGAGGUUUGGUUGAACUGGACAAUUCCAUUCUGUGUCUCGACUGUUUCUCUCCGUCUCCAUCGUCGUCGUCGGCCGUUCUCAUCGACAACCACCUCUCCGUCGGCGUAUUUCGUCCGCGGUACUGGGCACGGCAGCAGAUGUGGCAUGGCAACAACGAAGAAGCUGGCCAGAACUGUAGUGGCGAAUAGGGACGAGGUCAUUCGCGACCUCGGGUGCAGAUGAGGAGGCAUGUUGUAUGUGUAUAUGUGUCGGCGAUGGUGGAAGAUUUGUUUGUUUCGGAUGCUGCAGUCCAGCAGCAGUGCUCGUGCGAGGCCGUGCGGUCAAUUGGUUGCAGCAAUUGAUGUGAUUAUCGCAGUGAGAAUUGGAUAAAGCGACUGGAAUUGCACAAUGCGCGCGGUGGUGCAGGUAGCGGCUGUUUGUGGUGAUGUUGAUUGUCGUUGCC